AUGCAAGAGAAACCCAUUAGUUUUGAUCACCAGCAACAAGAUAAUUAUCCCUAUGUUGUAUCGAUCAAUGAUUGGCAAACCAAUAAGAAGAGAAGAAUUAAAAAGUGGGGUUUCCUUCCGUUUCGUCAAUUUUCGUCUACGAAUUAUUUGAGUACUACAAAGGGAGGUGAAGAUUUCUUUCGUUAUCUCAAAGAUCGAAAAGUAAAUCACAAGAAAGUUCUCGUUCUGAAGAGUAGAUCUCUUAAACAGGAUGGGAAUUCAAUUACUCAAUAUUUGGACUUUGUAGAAAUUUAUACGAAACAUGUUAAAGUUGGAGAUUUGGUGAAAAUUGAGGAAGAUGAAGAAUUUCCAGCUGAUUUGCUGUUAGUUUCGUCUAAUUUUGAGGAUGGAAGUUGUAAUAUUGAAACAGCUAAUUUGGAUGGUGAAUCUGCAUUGAAAAGUAGAUAUUCUCCUCAUAGUUUAUCUAAAUUUAAUAAUAUUGACAUGUUAAAAGAUUUGAAAGGAUGGAUUAAAUGUCAAAUGCCAGAUCACAAUCUUUACAAAUUCAAAGGAAGUGUUUGUUUAGAAGGUGAAAAUAAUGAAUUUGGUAUUAAUCAUCAAAAUUUACUACUAAAAGGAGCAAAACUCAAAUCUCCACAUAUUUAUGGAAUUGUAAUCUAUGCAGGAAAAGAUACAAAAGUUGCAAGAAAUGUUCCAAAUCCAAAAGUCAAAUUUUCUCACGUUAAUUUGAUGGGAAAUUUCUUUACUGUUGUCCUUUUCAUUUUCAUGACAGUCAUUAUUUCCAUUUUAGUAAUAUUGAAUGCAUACUAUGAAUUUACUUAUUCGAAAAAUGUUGCCUAUUUGGGUAAAUUGAAACCAAUGGGAAUUUCUGAUGGAUUAUGGGUGGUUCACUCGAUUUUAGUUUAUAUUGCAGCUUUGAAUGUUUACGUGCCUGCUUCAUUGUUUGUUGUUUUGGAAUUUUUAAAGAUUAUUCAAGCGAGGUUCAUUUCAGCAGAUAAUGAGCUAGUUCAUAGAAUGAUGGAUGUUCAUACUGGAGAGGAGAAAUUUGUUUCGUCUGCUGCAAUUUCGAGUGAUUUGCAUUCUGAUUUGGCAAGAAUUGAAUUGAUUUUGACAGACAAGACUGGAACAUUGACUGAAAAUGAAAUGAAAUUGAAAAAGAUUUGGGCUGUUGGACAUUCUUCGUUUAAUUGUGAUUCAAGUAUUGAGGAAUCGAUUAGAAAUGGCCAACAAUCGAGAGAUUCCCUGACUAAAUUAAUGCUCAUGUUGAACAUUUCACUGUGUCACAAUGUAACUAUUCGAAAGUCGAAAGAAAGGGAAACCUAUGAUGGAGAAUCAUCAGAUGAAGUAGCUCUGGUUCAAGGAAUUUCCAAUUACGGUUUCAUUCUCAAGUAUUUCUCAGACAAAAAGACAAUUCUCUCCCUAUUCGAAAAGGAAUACACAUUCGAAAGAUUGGCAGAAUUGGAAUUUACACCAGAGAGAAAGAGAAUGUCAGUUCUCUUCAAAAUUCCAAAAGAUUUCCUCAACGACUAUCCCAUCAUUCAAUCAGCCACUUCAACCAUUCACAAUUCGAAUGGUGAAAGUGACAUUGUGUUGUGUCUUACUAAGGGAGCAGAUUCUUUCGUUUAUCCUUUCAUGGAAGAAUCAGCCAAGGAAAAUAGACAAUUAAUGGAAGAUAGAGUUAUGGAAUUUUCUAAAGAUGGUUUAAGAUCCUUGGUGUUUGCUUUUAAAUUUGUGGGAAAUGAUCAAUUGAAACAGUGGAUGGAAGAUUAUCAUGCUUUGAAAACAAAGAGUUUGAAUCAUGAUGAACAAUUGGAAUUGUCUCAAAGAUUGGAAAAGGAAAUGGAAGUUGGUUUAUUACCUUGUGGAGUAACUGGUAUUGAAGAUGUUUUACAACAAUUGGUUCCAGAAACUGUCAAAUUUUUCACAGAAGCUGGUUUAAAGAUUUGGAUGUUGACAGGAGAUGCCAAAGAAUCUGCUUUACACAUUGCAAGAUGUUCAAAACUCAUCGAAAAGGAAUCUGAUUUAAUACUUUUAGAUUCUUCCAGUGUUAAAGAGGAAAAUAUUCAUUCGAAACUUUCCGAAAUUUUACAAGAAACUGAAUCAAGGGAUAAUGUAGAACUCGCAGUAGAAGGCCAUUUCUUACAUAUAUGUGAAAAACCUGACACUGUUUCAUUACUUGUCAAAUUAUUACAAAAAUGCAAAACUGUCAUUUGUUUCAGAUCAACUCCAAAGCAAAAAUCAAGAAUUGUCGAAUUGGCAAGACACAAAUUGAAAAAGAAUUGUCUCGCUAUUGGUGAUGGUGCCAACGAUGUUCCAAUGAUUUUGAAAUCUCAAGUAGGUGUAGGUAUUAUAGGAAAAGAAGGAACUCUUGCAAAACAAUCGUCUGACUAUGCCAUUCCUAAAUUCCACAUGUUGAAACGAUUACUGGCAGUUCAUGGAAGAUAUUCAUAUAAGAGAUCAGCUGUCUUUAUUCAAUAUUCAUUCUAUAAGAGUAAUGUAGUGUCUAGCUUGAUGACCAUUUAUUUCUUUUAUAAUUUGUGCUCUGGACAAUUGAAUAUUGAAUCAUUGGUCUUGACAUUUCAAAAUUAUGUAUUUACUUUGGUCAACCCAAUUGUUUUUGGAUUAUUCGAAAAGGAUAUUGAUGAAAGUUAUUUGGAAGAUUCAGAAACUGGACCUAUUCUUUAUAGAAAAUUGAAAACUGAUAACAUUUUCAAUUGGUAUACCUUUUCAAAAUGGGUAUUUGGAGCAUUCCUACAUGGAACAAUCAUUUUCUUUUUCUGUACCUAUGCAGCUGAGCCAGGAUUACUAACAAAUGGUCAAUCGGAUGGAAUUUGGGCAAUGUGUGCCUUAUUGUAUACCUGCGUGUUUGUUGUCAUUACUCUCAAGUGUUAUAUUGAAAUGGAGCAUUUGACAAUUAUUCAUCAUGCUGGAAUGAUAUUUUCAAUCUUGUCAUUUGUUAUUUUCGUUGUAAUUUUCACAAUAAUUCAAUCAAGUAUGACAAGUGUUUGGUUUGAGGCAAUGAGAUCUCCUAAAUUCUGGUUAAUUCUCUUGUUGUGUACUGUCACUUGUUUGGGAAUUGAUAUUGCCUUGACAGGUUUUAAGAAUAUGGUUUGGCCUGAUUAUUAUCAGAAAUUGAAAAUGAAAUCUAGAAAAUUGAAGAGAACUAUGAAAGAUAAGGAAAGUAAUUUAGAAUUGGCAAGUUACAGCACUGACACGAUCAUUGAGAAAAUUAAUUAA